GAGGAGCCGGGGCGAAGGGCACAGCAGGCGCCGGCAGAGAGGGAGGAACAGGCCCGAUCGCGCGGUCGUCGCGUCUGCCCACGGCGUAGCAGGCACCCGGUGCGCCAGAAGGUGGGGCCCUGUCCUUGCUGUUUUUAGAAAGAAGAAACAUGGAAAGUGGUGCAGUUCUGCUGGAAUCCAAAUCCUCACCGGUUAACCUUCUUCAUGAAAUGCAUCAAUUACGCCUACUGGGUCACCUAUGUGAUGUGACUGUCAGCGUGGAGUAUCAAGGUGUCCGCAAAGAAUUCAUGGCCCAUAAGGCAGUGCUGGCAGCCACCAGCAAAUUUUUUAAGGAAAUGUUCCUUAAUGAGAAGACUGUGGAUGGUACUAGGACUAACGUCUACUUAAAUGAAGUGCAAGUUGUUGACUUUGCUUCAUUUCUUGAGUUUGUUUACACCGCAAAGGUACAGGUGGAAGAAGAUCGGGUGCAGCGAAUGCUGGAAAUGGCUGAAAAGCUAAAAUGUUUGGACUUAUCAGAAACUUGUUUUCAAUUAAAGAAACAGAUGUUAGAGUCAGUACUUUUGGAGUUGCAGAAUUUCUCUGAGUCUCAGGGGGCAGAAGGUAGCAGUGGCUCCCAAGGCAGUGUUACUCCUGAUACUGGGGCAGGUGUGGCUGCAGACAGUCCUCUUGCCAAUGGCCUUAUGGACUCCUUAGACCCCCCGGUGCAGAGAAUCAACAACGGCAUGUUGCCAGAUACGCCCCCAAGGAAGUCCAAGGAGAAGCCAGAUAGGAAGAAAGAUGUAGUUAAGUCUUCCUACCCUAAAAUGAGAAGAGCUAGUGGAAGGCUGGCUGGCAGAAAGGUAUUUGUGGAAAUUCCUAAAAAGAAGUAUACAAGAAGACUCCGAGAACAGCAGAAAAGUGCUGAGGAUGAUGCGACGGGUUACAGGUGGCCCCAAGAACCCAGCCCAGACACUGUGGGUACAGAGAUGGGGCCAGUAACAAAAAAUGAAGAUUUCACUGCUGAAGUGGAGGUGGGGGAGGUGAUGCAGAAGGUAGGGCAAGCGGGGGAGGAGGAUGAGGAGAGUGAGGAGAAGAGGAAGAGCAACUUUAAAUGCACUAUCUGUGAAAAGGCCUUUUUGUAUGAAAAGAGCUUCCUGAAGCACAUCAGGCACUACCAUGGAGUGGCCACUGAGGUGGUUCACCGCUGUGACACCUGCAGCCAGACCUUCGCCAACCGCUGCAACCUCAAGAGCCACCAGCGUCAUGUGCACAGCAGUGAGCGCCACUUCCCAUGUGAGCUCUGUGGGAAAAAAUUCAAGAGGAAGAAGGAUGUCAAGAGGCAUGUGGUGCAGGUCCAUGAGGGGGGUGGCGAGCGGCACCACUGCCAGCAGUGUGGCAAGGGCUUGAGUUCUAAGACAGCCCUGCGGCUCCAUGAGCGGACACACACAGGCCACAAGCCCUACGGCUGCACCGAAUGUGAGGCCAAGUUCUCACAGCCCUCAGCACUGAAGACCCACAUGAGAAUUCAUACAGGGGAAAAACCUUUUGUCUGUGAUGAAUGUGGUGCAAGAUUCACUCAGAACCACAUGCUGAUUUAUCAUAAAAGGUGUCACACAGGUGAAAGACCUUUUAUGUGUGAAACAUGUGGCAAGAGUUUUGCUUCUAAGGAGUAUUUAAAACAUCACAAUAGAAUCCAUACUGGAUCCAAGCCCUUUAAAUGUGAAGUUUGUUUUAGGACUUUUGCCCAGCGGAAUUCACUUUACCAGCAUAUUAAAGUCCACACAGGGGAACGUCCCUAUUGUUGCGACCAGUGUGGUAAGCAGUUCACCCAGCUCAACGCUCUUCAGCGUCACCAUCGGAUCCACACAGGAGAGAAGCCGUUCAUGUGUAACGCAUGUGGACGCACCUUUACUGACAAGUCCACUCUCCGGCGGCACACCUCAGUACAUGAUAAGAAUACGCCAUGGAAGUCUUUCCUUGUUAUUGUAGAUGGCUCACCCAAGAAUGAUGAAGGGCAUAAAACUGAACAGCCUGAUGAAGAAUAUGCAUCAUCUAAACUUUCAGAUAAAUUGCUGUCUUUUGCAGAAAAUAACCAUUUUCACAACCUGGCCACAGUCCAAGGGAGUGUAUCUACUGUGCAUGAGAACAGUUCUGCAGAUACAACCUGCAAGUCAGACAAUUCUGUGGUGUCUCAGGAUGCUCUGUUGGCCACCACCAUCAGUGAGCUUAGUGAGCUGACUCCACAGACAGACCUGAUGCCCACGCAACUUCACUCUUUGACCAGUAUGGAAUAAGAGCUGGAAACUACCUGCCAAGCAGGUCCCAUCCUGUGUCUUGUGUGACAGUGUAUGCAAGAUGAUGUCAGGAGCUAAGAAAUACGCAAAGAAUUGGGCAAGAAGAAUGGCUUCUGAGUUUCCUGAAUUUUGAUAACUUGCACGUUUUUAUCAAAGCAUUUUUAAAGCUUUCCCUUAAAAUCCUGAUCUGCAUGAUCUCAGCCACACUUUAUCAACACAUAAGGCAAUAUAACCUCACUUAAUUCUGGUAGGCUGCUAUAUGCAUUAAUCAAUCUAAUGCUUGAUUAUCUUGAUGUUUGUGAAGUUUAGACAACUAUUUACCUUAAUAAUAGAGUACAUGGCAUUGAUCCAGCUCAUGAAUUUGCUUUUAAUAGUCCCUCUGGUCUCUCAGCCUGCCUUAUACUCCCAUGUGGGUUUCUUUCUCUGAUACUUUUAAGAUAUUUUUCUAUCAAGCUGAAAUAAAACUGGGGCCAUAUAUUAAUGUUUAUUUCCUGUUUAAUUGAAGCAAAUCAGAUUUGCUGUAGGGACCCUUGAAUGGGACUGAAGAAAUUAAUUACUGGAUUCAUUUCCUUUUCCCUCGCCCCCACACUAAAAUAGGAAUGACACUUACAGUUAAGUAUAACCUCUACUCACAGCACAUACACAGCUAGGAAAUUUGUCAUAAAAUAGCUUUUGAAAUGAAAUGUGGCUGUCCAGUUUCAUUCCUAAAAACCUGAUAAGGUAAAAGCUGCCCUACCAAAGAUUUUAGUGACCAUCAGUAUAGCGGGUUUUUUUGGUUUGUUUGGUUUUUUGGCAAAGGUGUGGAAAAAUUAAGCAAGAGGCUUUACAACACUUGAAACAUUGUGUUGUUAUUUUACUGACCAGUAGCAAUGAGGUGAUUAUGGCCAAUUUUGGAGCACAGAGUAUUAAUAAUUUCUGCCUGGUUUUUCUAACUUAAUUUCUGUAACUUUCAGAAACCCAAACUUUAUUAUUGCCAAAUCAAGAGCUAGAAGCAGGCAAGUAAAUGUCACACAUUUUUUUCCUUAGUAGUAUGUGAGAAUAUAGCAAAGGGACCAAAAGCCUUGGCACGCAUCAUUGAUUAUGCCUUAAAAGUAGACUGUGAAGAAUCAAUAAUUUUUCUUAAAUGCCCCCUUGGCUGUCUUAUGCUGGACUUAAUGAAUUUGCAAUGAAAAGAUAAUUCUGCUAUAUUUACUAAGCUUCAUUCUUGGAUCCAUUGGCUUUUGUAUGUGGCUGUGACUCCUAUGUAAUCCUAAACAUAUUAAUUUAAAGA